CAUCAUUACCCGUCCUGCAAUCUAAUAUCAGCCCAUAGGGAGAAAGGUAAUGGAGCUCCCACCAAAUAUCGUCCUCACGCCCACUUCAUUCCCCGUCUACCGCCGCCGCCUCCUGGCCCACCUAUCUAUCCACGCGCCCCACCUCGCCUCCCACCUCCUCCACGGCCCCGCCGAACCAUAUCGUAAGCCCGAAGACUCUCUCGUCCACCUUGUAGAAUCUGCCCUCUUCCAUCCACACGGCCAGUCUGCGGGCGACCAACCUCCUUGUGCACUGGUGAGCACGACCGGCUUCAAGGUCUGCGGCAUCCAGCUUGAAGAGUGGGAUGAUUGGGCGCGUAACGAACUCGCUCUGAGAGACGUGUUCAAAAUGACAUUUGGAAGGGAAAUGUGGGAUCGGUUAGGGAGAAUGUGGAGUACGAAGGAGAUUUGGGAAGUGCUGGAAAGCGAGUAUAUGCCGUCGCCGAUUGAACGGCAGUCCCAGAUAGUGUAUUACCUGCGUUCGUCGCGUUUACCUUCCUCCGCUACUCAGGAUGAUAUGCUCAAGCUAUGGGAGACCUUCAAUGCUCUUGUUAUUGAAGCAAGGGAUGCGGGGCUGUAUAUGAAGGAAAAGGAAGUAAUGGACAGGUUUCUCAUGGCGAUCGGUAAAGGAGAUUUGGCAGAAUCCGUAAAGCAGCAAUUUUACGGAUUGUCAGAUUGGGUCGUUGGAAGUGGGAGAUGGAAGGGCCUGCGAAGGAUUUUGAAAAAGCAAUUCUCCCCUAUCCUUCUACUGGAAACUUUAGAAGACAUUCAUUCGCCUGACGAAACGGACGAAAGGUUAAGCGGUCCAACCAGAGGAAGAGCCGUUCUUGCAGAAAAGGAUCUCAACGGGCAAAAUCGGACCAUGGAACACCAUCAUCAGUGCAACAGAACGGAACGCCAGAGGAAAGAUUCAUUGGAUGUGAUACUAACAUGAUUACAGUAGGUUUGCAUACCUUUUUCUACUUGAGUUGGCCGUUAGAUACUCAUCAACGUGAUGAUUCACAAGGUGGCCCGUCAAUGCUCGUUCCGGCCCCAUUCUCUACCUGCAUCAAAAUUUGUGUAUCUCUUCUUGGAUCCACCGCUCCUUUUUCAACUCUUCAAGUUCAGUGUACUUUCCUCUGGAUCUCAUCUUCUCUCCAUUUUCCCAGUCUGUCAACCCACACCCACGAAAGUCCUCUCCCCUGACAUGAACACGUCUGUCUACCUGAAUGUCCCAUUUCACAUUACCAAGUGAAUACAACAUCUAUUCCGCCCUCAGCAUACAUAUCGAAUCCCAAGGAUCAACACACUCAAGACCUUAUGGAUGGCGGAUAAAAUGGAUCAGGCAAUCAACUCAAGCAACACUCAAGGAAGGAAAAACCCACAGUAGUCAUGUGCAUAUGCGGCGUAACGAACAGUGAAGACUAGGGAGGAUUCAAAUGUACAAACUAUUAGAACAUGAGAUAUGUGUCAUGAGGUCACAGG